AUGACACAGCUUGGUCAAGUGCUUGACCCUGUCUCUGGCAAUGUUACAAAGCCAAGAUCAUUCACUGUGGGUAGUAAGGAGGCGUCGCAUCUAUCUUUGUUGGCAUUGGGUCUCAAUGGAAUAACUGAUGAAGGAUACGACCCUCUGGACCUCUUCCACUGGCCAGUGCCUUUGACACCAGAAGAGAAAGUCAAGAUCAACACAGGAGAUCAACGUUUGGACAAUGUUUUGGUGAUAUUAUAUCGAAAGAUGAAGUCUUUGGAGGAUUUUAAUGCCAAGCAACCUGGAUACGGUGGCUUCAUUCCAUGGAUUGGCAUCACUGACACUGGUUUGGACAACAAGGAUAAGACCAAUGCCAAGACCGUCUCAUUGGACGAUGGUCAAAUGGCCUGGGGUAUCUACCCUGUUGCCCAUGUGUUGCAGAAGCCCCAGUACAAGGAUCACCAUGAGCUUGGACUGAGGUACAGGAAGUACUUUGACUUGAUGGCCGACAAUGCCGCAACAGUGUUCUUGAACAAGACUGGCAACUACUUUGCAAUGGCAUCAAUUGUGGGCCAGUCCAACCUCCCAGUCAAGGACAACACAUAUAAAUCGGACGGACCCGAUGCCUCGAGGGCACCCCUCGACGGUGAGCCUUUUGCCAUCUUUGCAUACCUGUUUGCCUAG